ACACACACACACACACUUAGCACGGGCAUAGAGGAAGACGAGAAACCGUCCUUUCAGCAUCCUUUCAGUAGCAGCUUAGCAUCAGUAUCCAAGAUUGUCCACCUCACUGUCAGAUCUGACAGCAUGGCUGAGGGUUCAGGUGAGGUUUCGCUGGCAGAGGUUGAGACAGCAUUUCGUAAAUUUGCAGUUCAUGGAGACACCAAAGGAACAGGGAAUGAGAUGAAUGGGAAAAACUUUGUUAAGCUGUGUAAGGACUGCAAGGUCAUCGAUGGGAAAAGUGUCACCAGCACGGAUGUGGACAUCGUCUUCAGCAAAGUCAAGGUUAAAUCAGCACGUGUCAUCACGUUUGAGCAGUUCACUCAAGCCAUGGCCGAGUUGGCUACAAAACGUUUUAAAGGGAAGAGCCAGGAAGAGGCAGUACAGCUUCUCUACAGUCUCAUGGCUGGCAAAGAACCUGCCAACAUUGGUGUCACUAAAGUGGAAAAAGCCUCUGCUGUGGACAGGCUAACAGACAGCAGUAAGUUCACUGGUUCUCAUAAGGAGCGUUUUGAUCCGUCUGGAAAAGGAAAAGGCCGUGUUGGGAGGGAAGACAUCCCUGACACCAGUGGAUACGUCUCGACAUACAAAGGCCAAGGCACCUAUGACAGCAAAGUAAAAGGGGACGAUUGAGAGAG